UUGUAAAAUUUGAAAUAAUUUUCGAAUGAAAAGAAGCAAAUAUACAUUCAAUUGAUUAAAUUUUUAAUUUUACUAUUAAAUAGUUCUAAUUAUGAUAUUUGCUUUGAUUCCGCUUUCGAGUCUCGAAUAACAGCUGUUUCGAAACAAGAAAAAAGUUCGCGGUUAAAUAUUGCACGCCGCGAACAGUUGUUGAUGGACACAGACAUUCAAAGAAAUUAAGGCAGGCAGAACCGCGUUACUAUUGGUUAAUACGCAUUAAAUAUUUGGUUUUAAAUUUUGAAUUUUUUUUAAAAAAUAAUUAAACAAAAUGUCGCUGGCAUUUCAAAAUGCGGAUUCUAUAAGGCAGGCACUUCUCGAAGAAUUGCAAAAUUUGCUUACUUCGGACACAGCCGCCCUACAACGUGCUGAAGCUCGUAUUAAACAAUUGGAAUACACCGAUGGCUAUGGCAUAUAUUUAUCUGAAUUAAUUAUGAAUCAAGCGCUUGAACUGCCGCUGCGUCAAAUCGCUUCAAUUAUGUUAACGCGAUACGUAGAAAAUCAUUGGAGCGAACCAAGUUUGGACGAAAGUGGCGCUGAGAAUACAAAUUGCGUUCUGCCUGAACAUUCAAAACGCUCUAUACGUAAUAUAUUACCGAAUGGACUAUAUGAUCCCAAUUCCAAAAUACGUUCAUCUGUGGCGCAUACAAUAUCGACAAUUUCCGCUACCGAUUGGCCCCAGGUAUGGACGGAAUUGUUUGAUAUUAUUAUUAAAUGCUUGGGUGGUACUGAAAACUCUAUACAUGGUGCCAUGCAAAUACUAAGGGAGUUUUCAUAUGAUGAAAAGCAAAUAAAGGAAUUAGGUCCUGUGGUUAUAUCAGAAGUGUAUCGCAUUUUUGACUCGGAACAGGUUUAUAGCAUUAAAACGCGUACAUCGGCUAUACGCAUUCUGAAGUCUGUGUUCUUGUCCAUUAGUAUUAAUAUAUUAGAUAAACAAGAACAGGCAUCAAUGAUGAAUUCCAUUCUAACCAAUUUUAUGGACAAACUAUUGCAUUAUCUCUCUAUGAACUGCGGAGAAACUUCCAACUUUCUAUUGAGAACUGAAAUCGUUAAGAUUUUGACUUUUCUGGUAACUGAUAUGCCAAAAUAUAUUUUGCCUUAUAUGGAUCAAUUGCUACCCAUAAUAUGGCAACUAUUAACACAAAUUGCAAGAGUCUAUGUCAAGGUUAUAGUCAAUCGAACUGAACCGUCUCCUUUCACAACAUCUGAUAACGAGGAAGAUGAUGAGCAGGCUAAUUUCUCCAAUAUGAUUAUACAGAUAUUCGAAUUCAUUCAAUGCAUAAUUGGUGCCGGCAGAUUUCGUUCAGUCAUCAAAAGUGUGCUAACUGAUUUGGUCUAUAUUAUUAUAGUCUACAUACAGGUAUCUGCACAACAAAUAGAGGACUGGGACGAAGAUCCAGAAAAGUUUGUAGAAGAUGAAGAUGAAACUGGUGUAGAGCUAACUAUAAGGUUAUCUGGCCAAGAUGUACUAGUGACACUUAAUGACGAACUUAGCGCAAAAGUUUUACCUGCUCUUCAAGAAGCUAUUAGACGUCACAUGAAUGUGGCUGAAGCUGAGAAAGCAGCUGGUAAUUCGCAUUGGUGGAAAAUUCAAGAAGCUUGUAUGGUUGCUGUACAUACCUUCAAUGAAGUUAUUUUGGAUUCAGGAGAUCAAUUUGAUUUAUUGAAUUACCUAACAUUUGCACGCGAGAUGCUUAACUAUCAUGAAUCGGCACAUUUGGUAGGACGUGCCCUGUGGACUUUAAGCUCUUACUCGAAGUCGCCCUUAUACAAUAUACAAAUGUUGGAAGAGAUAUUAAAUGUAACUUUACAAAGUUUGACUCCAGAUAAAUCGAUUGUAUUAAAAAUUUGCGCAGUCAGAGCUGUCUAUGGUUUCAUUUAUUCUCACUUGAGAGCCGAAAGUGAAAAACGUGCUUUAAUAAAAACGAAAUUAAUUGGUUGCCUUGAUGGUAUCCUAGGCAUUAUUCCUGGUAGCAAAAGCUCUGUAUUAGCUUUACUUUUGGAAACGAUUACUACGAUGAUUAAUUUUGAUAACGAUUUUGCUGCUACGUCUCAAGGCAAAUUAGUGCCUCUGAUUAUUGCAGUAUUCAUAAAAUAUCCUGAAGAUCCUUUCAUUUUGGAAAUACUACAGGAAAUGAUAAAAGCUAUAUCUCAGAAUCCAUCAUGUCAACAGUCCCUACAAGAAAAGUUCAUACCCACUCUUGUUAGCAUACUGCAAUUAGAAGGUGAUCUGGCAAAGGCUGGGAAACAGGAUAUAGCUUUGGAUAUAUUGACCUCCAUUGUCAAGCACUCAGCGGCGCCUUUAUCCAAUAUGUUAAUUGAGAACGCCUUUCCUGCUAUGAUACAUUGUGUACUACGCACUGAUGAUCAAUCUGUUAUGGUGUCCGGCGGCGAAUGCUUACGCGCUUAUAUAUUUCUAUCGCCGGAGCAAAUUUGCACUUAUAAGAACGGUGAAGGUCUUAACUAUGUUAUGCAACUUACUACAAUGUUAUUAAAUCCGAUGAACAAUGAAAUGACAGCAGGCCAAAUAGGUCGCUUGGUUAUAACUAUUAUAACCAAAAUGGGUAACAUGCUUGGCGAAAAUGUAGAUCUACUCCUUAAAGCUGUUAUCAGUAAAAUGCAAUUAGUGGAGUGCUUAAAGGUUGUAAUGAGCUUAGUUGUUAUAUUUGCGCAUUUAUUCCUGACACAAAUGGACGCCGUUUUAAAUUUUUUGUCCACUGUACCAGGUCCAACCGGCGAGCCAGCUAUGCAGUUUGUUUUUAAUAAUUGGCUGUCUCGACAAGCCUCGUUCUUUGGUGCAUAUGAACGCAAGGUCACCACAAUGGCGAUGUGUAAACUAUUUGAAUAUGGUUUAACUACACAAGAUAAUCGAUUAACUUCAAUCACCAUCAAGGAACGAAUACAUGUUGAUAAUCUUAAUACAACACCACGUGUAAAAACACGUUCACAGGCUGCUAGCUCGCAGCAAUGGGUUACUAUACCUGCUUUAGUGAAGAUGUUUAAAUUGCUUAUCAAUGAGUUGGCUCAUCUUAGAGAGGUCAAAUUGGCUUGUCUGGAAACUGAUUCUGAAGAUGAAGACGAUCCACCAAGUGGUGAAAAACAAUUAAUUUCACCACCCAAAGGUCGCUUUAUUUCCGACUUGUAUUUUAAUGAUGAUGACGAUGAAGAUGUCGAUGACGACUUACUCACACAAGAACUUUCAAAAAAUCCACUAUUCCAAGCAAAUAUGGAGGAAUAUCUUGCGGGUUUCCUACAGAAUUUCUCUAGUAGUGAGCAUUUUAACAUGUUUGUACCACAUUUAAAUGAGCAAGAGAAAAGUAUAUUAAGAUCCAUCCAAGUUAAUGUUGAAUAAAAUUACCUAAAAAAAUUCAUUUCUUAUGUAUAUUCAUCUGUUAAACUAUUUUUAA